AUGAAACCAGACGAUAAACCGCUGACCGCAUGGUUAUGUUUUUUUAAGUUAAGUGUGACGAAGUUGAUUAAACUUUAAAAUAUUCUCUCGAUAUAUACUACAUAAUGGAAUAUAUAACAGAUGAAGCACCUACGAAGAGUGUGGGCAAAAUAUUAUGUUGUCAGUGUGGAGCAGUUAUUGAGCCUAAUCCUGCCAAUAUGUGUGUACCUUGUAUACAAACUCGUGUAGAUAUAACUGAUGGAAUUCCUAAACAAGUUGUCAUUUAUUUCUGUAAAGGCUGCAAUAGAUAUUUACAACCUCCAGCUCAGUGGAUUUCAUGUGCCUUGGAAUCCAGAGAACUUUUAUCAUUUUGUUUAAAAAAAUUAAAAGGAUUAAAUCAGGUUAAUCUGGUUGAUGCUACCUUUGUAUGGACAGAGCCUCAUUCAAAACGCAUAAAAGUUAAACUAACAGUGCAAAAAGAAGUGUUUGGUGGAGCCAUCUUGCAACAAGUUUUUAUUGUUGAAUAUGUAGUCAAUACACACAUGUGUGAUGAUUGUCAUAAGAGUGAAUCGAAACAUUUUUGGAAGGCUGUUGUUCAAUUAAGACAAAGGGUGCAACACAAGAAAACCUUCUUUUAUUUAGAACAGUUAAUCCUAAAACAUAAUAUACAUAUAAACUGCAUUAAUAUAAAAACAACAAAUGAUGGCCUAGACUUUUUUUAUGGUAAAAGAGAUGAUGCUCGGAAACUUGUCGACUUUUUUACUGCAGUUGUACCUUGCAAGUAUGAGACUUCACAGCAAUUAAUUUCUCAUGAUGUUCACAACAACACUUAUGAUUAUAAAUUUACAUUUUCAGUAGAAAUAGUUCCAGUGUGCAAGAAUGAUGUGGUGUGCUUACCCAUUUCCUUAGCGCGGAUGUUAGGAAAUAUAGGACAAAUAUGUGUUUGUCACAGAGUAACAAACUCAAUCUACCUAAUUGAUCCUUGCACUCUUCAAACUGCUGAUGUUUCAAAUCAACAAUACUGGAGAACACCUUUUCAUGCUAUAGGCUCCUUAAAAGAAUUCACAGAAUAUACUGUAAUGGACACAGAAUAUAUUUUAGAUUCUGAGAGGCGAACAUUUGCUGGCCAAGGUCCAUUAUCUCAUAAGCAUGUAUUAGCAGACGCUUGGGUUGUACGUUCACGUGAACUUGGCCUAACAGAAGACUUCAUUCACACUCGUACACAUCUAGGCCAUAUAUUGAAACCUGGUGAUUCAGUUUUAGGGUUAGAUUUAUCAACUAUUAACAUAAAUAAUAAAGACUUCAAUAAGUUAAAUAAAGAAGCUCUUCCUGAUGUAAUCCUAGUGAAGAAGAUCUAUGGGGACAAAAACUCUAGGCAUAGGAAGAGAAAAUGGAAAUUAAAGCAUUUAGAUAUAGAAGCUGCUAGUGAAACUAGCAGCAUAGAGAGGGACUAUGUUGAUUUCCUUGAAGAUCUGGAAGAAGAUGUUGAAUACAGACAGAAUGUGAACAUAUAUAAAGAUCCUACAAAAUUAGCUGUAGAUUCUACUGAAAUAAAUGAUGAUGUUCCACAAAUCACGUUACAAGAUAUGCUAGAUGAUUUGACUUUAGAUGCAGACACAACUGGAGAAGAAGGAGGGCUAAUGCUUCAAUAAAAACUCUUUAUUAUGAAA